AUGGAGGCCCUCUCUCCGCGUUCAACGAACCAGAUGAUCAAACCGAAGCUGGCGAUGGAUCGGAAAGCUUAUGAAAAGAAUCUUGCCCCUCCAAGCAAUCAGCAGCAAAAGCUCGCAACCUCAAAAAGCUAUGCCGACCCACCGCCACCAGUAGUAACAGAGCCGGAAGAUGGCGGGGAGCGAUAUUCAAUAGGCGCAUUCUUAGGGAAGGGCGGUUUUGCUGUCUGUUACGAGGGCUCAUUGGCUCGCAAUGGUCGCGUAUAUGCAAUGAAGGUCGUCAAAUCCCAGAUGCCCCAAAGGAAGAUGGAGGAGAAGUUCCGAACCGAACUCCAAAUCCACUCAAAAAUGCGCCAUCCUUUUAUCGUACAGUUCCACCGCGCGUUCGCUUUCGAAUCCAGCACAUACGUCGUCUUAGAGUUAUGUCCGAAUGGUUCGGUGAUGGACAUGUUUCGGAAACGGCGGUGUUUGAGCUUGCCAGAAGUGCGCCGGUUCAUGAUUCAACUUUGCGCGGCAGUAAAAUACCUGCACAAACGCUUUGUGGCACAUCGAGACUUGAAAAUGGGAAACCUGUUCCUCGAUCACAACAUGAACAUCAAGGUCGGAGAUUUUGGAUUGGCGGCUAUGAUUAUGUCGGACAAGGAUGCCAAGCGACGAAAUACGCUUUGCGGAACGCCCAAUUACAUUGCCCCGGAAGUUCUGGACAAAAGCAAAGGUGGUCAUACACAAAAGGUUGACAUUUGGUCCCUAGGUGUGAUAUGCUUUGCCAUGCUCGCUGGAUAUUUACCUUUUCAGUCAAAAACGCAGGAGGAGGUAUACAGGAAAGUGCGAAAUUUGAAUUAUGUAUGGCCCAAGGAUUCGGAAAGCACCAACUACAUCCCCGAGGAAGCGAAGGACCUCGUCAGUCGUUGCCUAAAUCUUGUCGAUGAAGAACGACCGGACCCAGACGACAUUGUGGAACAUCCAUUUUUCAAUAUGUAUGACGGUUGCAUUCCUCGUCAGCUGGAUCCUGCGUGCCGAUUCAACAAGCCGCUAUGGCUCAAAGACGCUGCGCCUCAAGGAGAUUGUGUGGUUGGUGGCUACGGGUUGGACUCGGACGAGAAGCUUCGCGCCUAUGUAUAUCAGGUUGAUGACCCAGCUCAGCGAUAUCACUCAUGCAAAGCGGCCUUCUACUCACUCUGCGGCGUAGGACGCAAGCCUGAUGGGACUGCUCGGAAGUCGGUUGGAAGGAACUGCUCGAAGUCGGCCUUUUCUGAAUGUGAUGUUGAGGAUUCCAGAGGUCUACGGCCAGUAAUCCCCUUGUCGCCAGAUUAUGUUUAUCGAUGGCCCCAUGAGAUUGACGGAGACUGGUGUCUUCAUGAAACGUCCCGCAAGGUAAUCCGCAGUGAUGAAUCUAUGCUUAACAGCAGCACUAUGUCCCAGCGCAGUGUAUCUGUUCGUCCGAACCCGAUGGUAGCCUCACGCACCAAUGCCGCACUUGCGGCUGCUCAACAACGCCGAAUGGAGAGUCAAAAUCAUGCGGCGACCUUGCGUCAACAGGCCCGAGUACCUACUAUCUCUCCAAGAAAAGUUACUGGAAUCAACGAUGCUCCUGCCUUAUCCUCCAGGCCAUACCGCGACAUUCCACAAGCUGAGCCCAAGGGUCCUUUCCUUGCGGAUGCGCCAGCUGGCGGCCUGGCAGAGCGUCCUAUCCGGACACGAAGAAUGGCAUCUGCGUCCCAAGCAACUUCAUUGCGUGCCAAGGACAGGGAAAUCACGCCACAGCUAGCCAAGUCAAUAAGCAUGCCAUCUGGCUUGACUGUAGGCAAAACACGCUCUCAGACUCGCAGAUUAGCAGCCGCUGACCAGCAGUUGCCACAGUCCUCUAUCCCAACUAGGGAACGGCAGCCAGCUACCAGGACCGAGGACCAGGAUGUACUCGCCCGUCAAACAACUCUGCGCUCUUCAUCUAGAGCAGAUUUCAAUGCUAGUGUCGCUCGAGUUGAGCGACGGAGAGACAACCCCAUCGAGGAAAUCGCUCGGUCUUCGACUCAGUCAAAGUUCGCUGAAUCCAACGGACUUACCCGGUCGAACUCUAGUGGAGUUGCUCGGACUAACAGCAAGAGCUCUAGCAAGCCACGCUCUAGCUUGGGGCUGAGCCCUCUCUUCCAUACAGAGGAUGCCUGCAAGCUUCUCUCCAGGACUUCGUUGACUGAGGUGAAUACUGACUUGCGUCUCAUGUUGUCAAACCUGGCCAACCAUGCACCAAGUCGGCGCAGAGGAGCUACACGAAAGCAGCCGCAUGCCUAUGUCAUCAAAUGGGUUGACUACACUAACCGUUAUGGUAUUGGGUACGUCCUGGAUGAUGGUAGCGUCGGAUGUGUGUUCAAAGGAGAAAACGGGCAGCCGGCGACGAGCGUCGUGGUGCGCGAUGGCGAGAGGCACAUCCGCCGCAAAGCCCGUAGUGUCGAGGAUGGCAAACAGGAACCAAUCUACUACUCCGAGGCCGACCAGCUCGUCCCUCGUACUGGGCAACCGGUUGAGUUCUAUGAAAACCGUGAUGAUGAGUUGCUAGGAUGUCGCGGAAUUCGACGAGCAAUGAUAUCACCCUCCCUCUUCGAUGUCAAAAACCCGAAAGCGAUCAAAAUUCGGAGUGUCUCCGGAACAGAUCUUGAACGAGCCGAUGCAGAGAAAAUCAAGCGCAUGAAGCUUGUGGAUCAAUUUGGCAAGUAUAUGAUAGGAGCCCUUGGUCGCCAUGGCGACGAGGGUAUCUUGGAUCAAGAUUUGCCUCAACAUAACAGUGCCCAGUUUGUCAAGUUCUAUCAACGCCUGGGUAACGUCGGGAUCUGGGGUUUCGGAGACGGAGCCUUCCAGUUCAACUUUCCCGACCACACGAAGCUGGUGAUCUCGCCCGGUCGCACUCGCAGCUCGUCUCCUUGGAUUGACUUUUACCAUCUCUCCGCCUCCGCCGCUAGGUUCUUUGCUGCCAGAGGAAAGAUGCACCCUGCAGGCUUCGACACUCGAGCUGUCGCAUCCGAUGAGGCUGCCACGUUCCUCAGCAUUGCAAAUGGAGACUCUGUGAAUUCGACUGAAGACCGUAUUCGGGAAAUCCUAGACGCGAACUCUUUCAUCCAGAAAAUCGCAUUCAUCAAGGAUACCCUCCGAGUUUGGAUCAAGUUCGGAAAACUCGGCGGUCGUCCACCCUCCAUCGACUCCUCUGAACAGUCCAUGCCCGACGAGUCAUAUUGGCAAGGAACACAAGAGCGUUCUCAGCCUGGUAGCCCUGGAACGAAGUUUGUCUGGGUGACAGUCGGAGCACCGGAUGGCGACGGACACUAUCGAUCUGUCAUGCUCAAAGACAGCGACCGAGGGGAUGGACUCAAAAGCGCUGGGAUGGAUUAUGACAAAGAAAUGGGUUUACUCAAAGACCGUCUCCGGGCCAUGGGCCGUUGA